AAGCGCACCAGUGCAAGCAGCACAGCCAGAGUCAGCAGACAGGAGCAGAGAAGCAGCGGCGGGAAGUACGAUACGCACGCAAACGCCUCUAUCUCCCUCCUCCGCCGCUCCCCUUCACCUCCUGGACAUAGGGUUUGCCCGCCAAGCCGUCUCCAGAUCCAUCCCAGGCGUUCGUGAUGGCUCCUGCUAUUGAAGCAGUGGACAAGGUUAAGGUGGCGAGCGCACCUGUUAAGGCUCCUGUUCUUAAUGAAAAAACACUGUCAUCCAUGACCAGGAGACCUGGUUCAGCGCAUUCUUGGCAUGAUCUUGAGAUAGGGCCUGAUGCACCAACUAUAUUCAACUGCGUCAUUGAGAUACCUAGGGGCAGCAAGGUUAAAUAUGAACUUGACAAGAAAACUGGACUGAUAAUGGUGGACCGUGUGCUUUAUUCAUCAGUUGUGUACCCUCAUAACUAUGGUUUCAUUCCCCGCACAUUGUGCGAUGACAGUGAUCCGAUGGAUGUGCUAGUUAUAAUGCAGGAGCCAGUUGUGCCAGGCUGUUUCCUCCGUGCAAAGGCCAUUGGCCUCAUGCCUAUGAUUGACCAGGGAGAAGCAGAUGAUAAGAUCAUUGCAGUGUGUGCUGAUGACCCUGAAUACAAGCACUUCAAUGAUAUCAAGGAGCUCCCACCUCAUCGUUUGGCUGAGAUCCGACGCUUUUUUGAGGACUACAAGAAGAAUGAGAACAAGGAGGUCGCCGUGAAUGAUUUUCUGCCCGCAACUGCUGCUUACGAAGCCAUUCAGCACUCCAUGGAUCUGUAUGCUACUUACGUCGUGGAGGGCCUGCGGAGGUAGGCUGCUGCUUGGACGCUCGGUUCGGUGCUUUGCUUGCCAUCGCCUGGACUGGGAUGAUGUUGACGAAACCUUUGAGGAAGAGAUUCUGUAACCGUACGAACUACUCCUAUCUGUUAUUUUGUUGGUGUGGCUAUUGUACCACUAUUGUAGUAGCUAGCACAAGAAUGAGUGACGAAAUAUUCUUUUGUGGUCUCUGUGCCCAUAUGUUACACUGUACUAUUGAUUCUCUUGGCAAUUCAAGCCAGGCAUCAAAUAUUCGUUUUCACAGUAAAAAAUGCAUUAUGUCA